CUUGUAAAUGAACUCCCGUCUCAGGAACCUUCUGCACUCCAACCAGUUUCCUGCAUUUUUGCUCUUCGGCUCUUCGUUCUCAGUUCGAAACUCAAAGAUGCAGCUCCAAGUUUCGUAUUUUUUGAGAGGUUUUUGUCAAAAUACGAGAAAACCGGCGCCGAUCCUCCAGCGAGGAGUCUUGACACAGUUCUUCGGUCCACCAAAAAUAGCCCCGUUCCCCCACGAGGGUCCCAGCUCUGCCCUAAGAAAGUUAAAGAUGGUCCAACCUGUCACCCGAUCCGGUCCAUUAGCAUAUGUGACAUCACAUGGCUGGAAUUACAUAAGAGGGGGUCUGACCAUGGCUCGGGACCACUCUGUCUUGGGACUUCAGGUUCUCCUGUCGCUUUCUUUCCGCUCCGCCAGCUCCUUCUCUCCAAAAUGACCGAGUUCACACCGGACCAGAUUGAGGACUUCAAGGAGGCCUUUGGUCUCUUCGACAGAAUUGGUGACAGCCAGGUGGCCUACAACCAGGUGGCCGACAUCAUGCGCGCUCUGGGCCAGAACCCCACCAACAAGGACGUCAACAAGAUCCUGGGCAACCCAACCGCCGACGAUAUGGCCAACAAGAGGCUCAACUUCGACACUUUCCUGCCCAUGCUGAAGGAAGUUGACGCUCUCCCCAAGGGUACCGUCGACGACUACGUUGAGGGUCUGCGCGUCUUCGACAAGGAGGGUAACGGCACAGUCAUGGGCGCUGAGCUGCGCAUCGUGUUGUCCACCCUGGGAGAGAAGAUGAACGAGACAGAGAUCGAUGCCCUCAUGGCCGGACAGGAGGACGAGAACGGCAGUGUGCACUACGAGGCUUUCGUCAAGCACAUCAUGUCUGUGUAAGAGACCGGCAGCGGGAGUGCUGAAGAAACAGCCCGACAGUGUUCAGGACAUCGACGACACUGUUUCAAAGACCAACCAAGGAAAGACAAGGACUAUGUACAAGGGAUGUUGAAGCAAACCCAUCUUUUUGUUUUGUUUGUUUUCCUUUCCAUUUUCGACCCUCCUCUUCCGGGACCUCGCCAUCGUCUCUCCGUUGUAGACCCCAACCCCACCCCCCACCCCACCCGGCAUCACUCGGUCUCUGUUCCCCCGCAAACCACCACCUCCACCACCUUACUUACACCGGGGCGUGUCUCCACUCUCCGCAUGGGGUGAGGACACGGGGGAGUAGGGGUGACCGCUCAUCAAGUGAGGGUAGAUCCCUCCCUUCCCACCGCCACCUCAUCCAGUCACGCCAUCACUGGCCCAGCAACGAAAACAGACGCCGAAGGCGCUGGAGAGCGGCCGUGGAUAAGACCGCCAGACGUCUCCCACCACCCUGGAAAGUUUUAUUUAUUUUCAGUCUGUUCAUGUCAGAAUAAACUUUUCCAACGUACAUCCCA